CUCCGUCUUCAACAUCAAAAGGCAACUGCGGGGUUACUCCUAUGAUGCAAAGGCACAUGCAUGCGUAUAGCAACUGCCGCAGGAUGGCACGGAACGGGACCGGGCACCCACGGAGGGCUCCAGAUGGUGGCCGCUUUGCCCCUGCUCGGUCACCGAAUACCUAACUCGGACGCCGGCUGACGCGGGCGGGGUCUCAUCUGCCCACGUUUCUAAACGCACUCGCGCGUAUUCCUGGCUGACGUGUGAGGUGCUGCAAAUCCGGCGCUAAGAUCGAUCAGUAUCCAGCUCCAAGUUAAUAAAUAGGAGGUACGGUUCGAGGUCGGCAAAGCCCUGCCUUGAUCCCACGAGCUUUUUGAGGUCAAGACGGUCGCUUGAAAACGGCUUGGAAGAUUAGCAGCUUGAAGACCAGCAAGAUGGCGGAGGCGGUCCCUGUCCGCCCACGUAUGCUUGUCAAUGGAGAGCUUGUCGAGGCUUCCGACGGCAACACCUUCACAGUUCACAACCCGGCAACAGGCGAGGUCUCAGCCCAUGUGCCCGAGGCCAGCGCAGAUGAUGCCAAUGCCGCCGUGGCAGCCGCGAAAGCGGCGUUCCCGGCUUGGUCUGCCAUGGGAGGGGCAAAGCGAGCCGGCCACUUGAAGAAGCUCGCUGCCUUGAUCAGGGAAAACAAAGACGAGCUUGCGCGGCUAGACGCGAUUGCGAUGGGCAUGCCCGUGUCUACCCACCACUAUGCCCACACCGCCGCCUCCAAUUUUGACCACUACUCCGAGGCUUGGGGGACCAUCCAGGGGCAGGCCAGUGUCAAUACACCGGGAUUGGUGACCAUGACCCUCCGGCAGCCCUACGGUGUGGUGGCCCUCAUCAUCCCCUGGAACGCCCCUUGUCACUUUCUCGGAUCUAAGGCCGCCCCCGCUCUGAUCACAGGCAAUACUGUGGUUCUGAAGUCCAGUGAGAAGGCCCCGUUGGCCGUUGCUCGUAUCGCCGAGCUCGUCGUGGAAGCAGGGUUCCCUCCAGGAGUCUUUAACAUAAUUUCUGGCCACGGCGUACCCUCCGGGCAAAUUCUAUCCCGCCAUAUGGACGUCCGCGCGCUAAGCUUCACGGGCUCAAGCCGCACCGGCAAGCUGAUCCAAGAGGAGGCGGCUCGCACCAACCUGAAAAAGGUCAUCCUCGAGCUCGGCGGCAAGUCGCCUGCACUCGUGUUCGAGGACGCCAACCUUGAAAAGGCUGUUGCCCAGACGCAGUUCAGCAUCCAAGCCAACAGCGGACAGGUGUGCAUGGCCAACUCACGCAUUUACGUGCAGAAGAGCAUCGCGCCGCAGUUCGUCGAGGCGUUCAAGACCAAGUUUGCCGGUGCUCGGGCCGGAAACCCCUUGGACAGUGAGACCAACCAUGGCCCACAGGCCGACGAGGUGCAGUACCGCAAUGUGCUCAACUACAUCGAGGAGGGCAAGAAGAGCGGCGGAACGCUAGCACUGGGCGGUAGCGGCAAGCUUGAGAGCACGAAAGGCUUCUUUAUCGAGCCCACCGUGUUCCUGGACACGCCCGAGACGGCGCGCAUUACCAAGGAGGAAGUGUUCGGCCCGGUGGUCGUCAUCAACACAUUCGAGACCGAAGCCGAGGCCAUCGCCAAGGCCAACGACACCGAGUUUGGCCUAUAUGCGUCCGUGUUCACGCGCGAUGUUAGCCGGGCGAUGCGGGUGGCCAAGGCGUUGGAGAGCGGAUAUGUUGGCGUCAACUGUACCAGUCCUUUGACGGGAGUUGACUUGCCGUUUGGAGGCUACAAGAGCAGUGGGCAGGGCAGGGAGGGGUGGCUGUACAGCAUGGACAACUUUCUGGAGACCAAGAGUAUCAUUAUGCGGAUAGACGACGAGUGACCCGAACUAGGUAGACUUUGCUGGUUGGGAAGAUAUUGCUCAUCUAUAAGUCGGGGGCUUUUUAUAGCCUCUUAGAAACCACAAGAUUGCGUGUGGCUUGCGUUAGAAUACAUCCUGGGCUCCAGGUCUAGCAGUUACCGAUGUGAUAGUCACCUCCCGUCCCCGGUCCUCUUCGGACAAGGAAUACCUAGACAAUAUGGCUUCAUUCAUUUUCUUCCUCCUUAGUCGCAGGAAUCCCUUUUCGGGUGAUGGGUAGACCCGUUACCUUCGGUUCUAACAACGGUCAGUCAACGUAGCAUAGAAGAAAAUGAUCAUGGGAAUGGUUUGAAUGCACCGCACGAGUGAGAGGGCCAGCAGCUUCCCUGACCGUCGUUUAAACAAAGGCUGUUAAUGC